AUGCUCAUAUUGUAUGGAAGUGAAACUGGAACAGCUCAAGAUGUUGCCGAAGGAAUUUGGAGAACUUCAAAAAGAAAUGGAUUUACAAGUACUGUUCAGGCUAUGGAUGAUUACGAUAUUUCCAAACUCAUUUAUGAGCCCACAAUUAUCUUUGUUUGCUCUACCACUGGUCAAGGAGAUCCACCAGAAAACAUGAGAAAAUUUUGGAGGUUUCUUUUGAGAAAAAGUCUACCUAACAACUCCUUAUCAAAUUCAUGGGUUGCAGUUCUUGGACUAGGUGACUCGUCCUAUGCAAAGUUCAAUUUUUCUGCAAAGAAAUUAUCUAAAAGAUUAGUGAGUUUAGGAGCGAAGGUGUUGCUUGAGACUGGUCUCUGUGACGAUCAACAUGAUUUAGGCCUUUAUGCCGAACUCAUCCCUUGGACAGAAAAACUAUGGAAUGCUCUCCAGCCAUUAUAUCCUCAUUUGAAUCAAACCACAGGGAAUGAAGAUUGCUCAUUAUUACUUAAAUGGGAGGCAGUUCGAAGAGAUUGGAACCCAGAGGAGUUAAGUUUUCUUCCAGGUGAAUCAAAUGAAAGAUAUUGGUGUGAAGUAUCCAGUAAUGAGAGGGUAACUGACAAGAAUCAUUUUCAGGAUGUUCGACUAAUAACAUUUGUACCGGACAACAAAUCUAUAGAAUAUAGUCCUGGUUCUGUAGCUUAUAUAAGGCCAGCCAACCAACAGUCAUCAGUAGAAAAAUUGAUUUCAAUAAUUGGUGAUCAAUGUCCUAAUAUAUUUGAACUGAAAUCCAUUAAUUUACCUUUGCCUGAGAUGUUUAAUGGGAAAACCCUGUCUCUCAAAGAUGUUGCUACAGUUUAUUGGGAUCUCAAUGCUGUUCCAAGACGGUACGUAUUUGAAGUAUUAGCUAAAGUAACAACCAGCGAACUUGAAAAAGAAAAACUAGAUGAGUUCUUGACACCUAGUGGCUUGGAUGAAAUGUAUUCCUAUUGUAAUCGGCCUAGACGAACUACACUGGAAGUGCUUCAAGAUUUUCCUGUGGCAGCAUCUAAUCUUCAACUUGAUCAUCUUUUUGAAAUAUUUCAGCCAAUCAGAGCAAGGGCUUAUUCCAUAGCUUCAUCUAUUGAGUAUGAUGGUCCUGUCAUAAAGUUACUGGUUGCUAUUGUUCAAUAUAAAACUCGCCUUUCUGUUCCUAGACAAGGAUUGGCUUCAACUUGGCUAUCAACUGUCUCUGGUAGAGUUUGUGUUGCCAUUAAGCCUCCUUCACUGAAGUUUCCAGAAAGAGGAUCUGUGAUUAUGGUGGGACCAGGCACAGGAAUCGCUCCGUUUAGAAGCUUUAUUUCUAAAAGAGUAACACAAAUUCAUCAUGGCGAAGGUGAUAUUCCGAAGGAAUGGCUGGUUGUAAUUUUCGGUUCAAGAUAUAGAAAUGCAGAUUUUCAUUUUGGCAGUGAGUUUGAAAAAUGGGAAACUACUAAUGAUAUAAAACUCAUAACUGCUUUUUCUAGAGAUCAGCCAGAGAAACUAUACGUGCAACAUAAAAUUGCAUCUGAGGGGCAUUUUUUGUUCCAAAGGAUACAUUCUGAUGAUUGUUCUAUUUUUGUUGCUGGAAGUUCUAACAAUAUGCCUAAGGCUGUGAAAAGUGCAUUUAUUGAUAUUAUCGCUACAGAUGGUGGUUUUAAUGAGGAAGAAGCAAAAACUUACAUAGAAAAAAUGGAAGCCACUGGCCGAUACCAAGAAGAAACCUGGUCAUAA